AUGUGGAAUCAUUCGUUGACUAAACUCGUGAAGUUUCAGCCCACUUCUGAACAAAGAACGGAAAGGGUGAGAGCUGCCGAAGAAGAGGUGAUUCGAAGAGCGCAACAGGCUGCAAACUCUAUCAACCCUUGGCUUCGUGAGGUCACUACUGAACACGCGAGACUUUUCGUGGAAACGCUAAACAAAAGUCUGUGGAGGAUCCCACAAGAUGACUCCGUUUUUUCCACAGAAUUGGGGAAAAUUGAUGGGUGCGAUGUUGAGCGUAAAAUGAAGAUCGAAGAGACUGAGCCAAAGACCCUUUCCAAGCCCUCAUCCCCUCAAAAUGGCCUUAGUUCGCUAGAAACUCGCGAUGUUGAAUUGGCAUCGAAGACAAGUCAAUCUAUUGCCACUCAUUGUCCACAGCAGCCAAGCAAUUUGUCUUCACAUCGCCACAAAACACAACAACCUAGAGAAGCAGAUGAAGAAGCUUUGUCUAAUAAUUCUUUUGAACCUAAAAUGACUAGCAGUGCUCCAGAAGCUGUUCCAACAAAUUUUGUAUCCCCGAAAAACUCUCAAAUUCACUCAUCUCAUCAGUCGAACACCUCAUCAGCCGAAGCUCACGACACUCAACAGAACUUGAAAGAACUUGCCCCUGCUCCAAUUUUUACAAAAGCUGGCGAAAGCCGAAUCGAGGCAAAAAGAGGAAAUGCCGAUUGGUUGCAAAAGCAAAUGGAAAAUGAAGCGAUGGCCGCUGAAGCCCUGAUGUGCGUGAUUCCAACAAAGUUGGAGUUUUGUGAUGACAAUUAUCAACGACAUGAGAAAAAGACUUUCGCCGACAGCUGGAGUCACUCAGCAAUGGAAGUACGGAAACUGCUGGCACACGCAUCACGCAUUCGUCCACAUAACACUUCGGAUACUCUAUCGAUCAAUGACACACGAACAUGGAUCGAACAACUGAUCGACCCGAUUCUCAAGGCGAGCUCGAUGAUUCAAACGAACAUCCGAAAACUCCAUGAACAAAAACGAGAUCUUCUGAAUGUCGAAAAUCAUAUCGAAUAUUUGUCCACGAUUCGUGUGACCACAAUGAAAAUCAUUCCGCUGAAAUCUCCUCAAACUGUUUGUACAAACGUAGAAUGUGUGGAUUUCGAAAUUAUUGACGAGAAAAAGGUCCUUGUAUACAAGACGGUGUGUCACGAAGAUUGCAGGUUGCAUUUAAAUGCAAAUUUGCAAGAGUGCCAGGUGUUUGGUUGGACCAAAAAGUGCAAGAAAUGUGGGCAUCACAUCGAUGAGCACGAGCGGAUCAAAUACAAACAAAAGAUUUUCACUCAAUCAUUGGAAGCUCCGCAAAAACUAGCACAGAGUGAGGCUGAAACGAAGAAGAUGUCCAUAAAUCGCCUCGAAUCAUGCAUCAACACCUAUCAAAAGGAGUUCAGCUAUAUUCUGUUUGCGAUGGCCGCAUUCUCCACGUUUCUCGCCAAAAAGGGAAUGGCUCAGAAAAUCAAUAUCUUCGAUGAGCAUCUGAAAAAGUUACUCAACGAUGAAGUGACUAAAAUUAAAAGCGUUCCCGGGUUGAACCAGGACGAGUACCAUCAAUUGGCGGCGCUCAGAACGGAAUAUCAUCAAAGUUGUCGACGAUUCGCACAAGAACACACAACCGAGAUUUCUCUGCAAGAACUGCAAGAUAUUCGGCAGAAGCUCUUUUCUAUGCCGUUGACUGGGUCGAACAUUUCAGAGAUUUUCACGAUUCAUGUCAAAGUCGAUCAACAGGAUCAUGAGGCCGAAGUGAUAAAGCAUUCAGCUGAGAUGCUCACUGAA